AAAAUGAUGUCUUUAGAUAUUUAAAGUGAUUAUUUGGAUUAUGCUUCAGUUUUAGAUGAUAAAUACUAUAUUAUUGAUACAAUCGGAGUAGGUAGAUAUGCCAAGUAAUUAUAAAAUAUUGAUUAUUAUAGAGUAAAGUUAGCAAUUGAUAUUGAAGAUUAGUAAAAAUACGCAAUAAAAAUAAUGAAGAUAGAUCCAACUACAAAUCAAAAUAAAUUAUCACAAUUUAUAAAUGAAGUAUCUCAUUAAGCUGAGUUUGAACAUAAUAAUAUAAUAAAGAUUAUUUAAGUAUUUGAGAUCUUAAAUAAUAGUGCAGCAUAAAUGGAAAAUAUAGAAAAGUGGAUGGUAGAUUAUGUUAAGUUUCAUAUUUUGUGAUGGAAUUAGCAGAUUAAGGGGAAUUAUUUGAAUUGCUUGAAUAAACUCAUUAAUUCUCCGAGAAGUUUUCAAGGGGAAUAUAUUCUUAAUUGAUUAAGGGUAGUUUGAUUUAACAAAACUUAGUAUAGGCAUUGAAUAUUUACAUGAAAGAGGGAUAGUUCAUAGAGAUAUAAAAUCAGAAAAUAUAUUAUUUAGUGAUGGAAUCUUAAAAUUAGCUGAUUUUGGAUUUAGUGCUAAAUCUGUGAAUGAAACUGGGGCUAAAGUAUAAUUUGAAGUUUUGUAAUAUUUGGGAUCUCCUGAAUAUAAUCCACCUGAACUAUCAAAUGCAAGUAAAAUAGUAAUUUUAAAUAUAAGUUGGAAAAUAGAAAUAUUAUACACCUGAAUCAGCAGAUAUAUUCUCUUCUGGAGUUAUUUUAUUUAGUAUGGCAAUGAGAUCUGCUCCAUUUAAAACUUCUAAAACUACUGAUCCUUACUAUUCUUUAUUAAAAUAGGAUAAGUAAAAGUUUUGGCAAGUAUUCUAAGAAUUAAACAAUAAUGUUUCUAUUCAAUUCAAAGAUCUAGUUGAAAAAAUCUUAGAAGAAAAUCCAUUAAAGAGAAUCUCAUUAGAAUAAAUAAAAAAACAUCCAUGGAUGUAAGAUUCUAUUUCUAAUCUUACUGAUUUUAAAACAGAAAUUAUGAACAGAUAUGAGAUUGUAUAAAAUAAAAUGAAAGCUAAAAUAACUUUUAAAAGAUAAUAAAAAUUUACUAACAGAAGAUAUUCUAAAAAAAUAGAAAUGUGCAUCCCUCAUUAUAUUUAACCAAAAUAUCUUUAAGAAAGUCUUGUGGUUAUAGAUGAUGUAUAUUAAUAUUGUAUUUUAGAUCAAUGUAAAAUUACAAAAGAGAUUAUUAUCAGAAUAAAAUUAAGAUUAGAUAAGCCAAUAAGCUCAACCAACAACAGAAUUUAAUAUCAUUGAAAUAUAAUAGAUAACUAAAUCUAAAAGAUAACCAAAAGGUUCUAUAAAAUCUAGUCCUGCUACUCCACCUAAUGAUUCUGAUAAUUGAAUUAACACA